AUGUUCUGGUUAUGUGCCGCGGCGAGCGGCCUGGAUGUUGGAGAGGAGGUCAUGGCUGAAAGCGCUGAAGCUGAAGAUGCUGAAGCCGAUCAGAGGCCGCGGGAUGCUCCAUGCGCCGAUCUCAAGACUGCCGUGAUAGCGGCGCGAAAUCCUCCGACCCCUCAUGUGAAGCUGAGGAGAGCUGUGAGCAAGCCUCAGACCAAGUCGGACACGGUCCUGCCAGGUACUGCGCACCCUGGCUAUGUCCAGCACGUCCAGGAAGACACGGUGGAGGACAGCACCAGAAUCGAGAGAAGGUCGUCCCGAAGAAAGACUGAACCGACCGCGUUCGAGCUGAAGAACACUUCUCAAGAGGCCAGGACCGAGCCCCUGCUUCACUCGGUGGCCCCCGCCUCGUUCCAGCUGGGGGCUGCAACCAUGGAGGCCCCACUCAGUUGUCAAGAGGACAGCAUCAGAAUCGAGAGAAGGUCGUCCCGAAGGAAGACUGAACCGACCGCAUUCGAGCUGAAGAACAACUUUCGAGAGGUUGAAGCUGGGAGCUGCCUGUCUUUGACUUUUCGGCGCCUGGACAAGAGGGAAGUGACCGUCCACUUCACUCAUCGGCCCAUCUACGUGCGAUUCUCAAAGGACUGGCCGUUCAAAGUGGAGGCCGUUGGCAGGGAAUAUGACGGCAGCACCAAACUCGAGGAGAAGUGGACUUUGACGCAUAUCGACGACAAGCCGAUCGAGCGUGCCCACACAAAAGCGGCGAUGCAGGUAGCGCAAGCCCUGCGGCGCCUCCCAUGGAGACCAGGAGUCGCGCACCAUGACGACUGA